UAGCAUACUUAAGCCUGACUAAGGCCGACCUGUCCCGUUUAAAACUGGAGUUGCGGUGACAGGACAAAGAUGCAAGCCUUGCAGAGCAUCCAGGAUUUUCUCAAGGGAGUGAAGAUGGACAGUCAGAGGGCGGCUCUGCUCACUGGUGUUGCCUGUGCAGUGGGAUCUGUGGUUGUGUUGGUGAAAAAGAUCAGCAGCCAUCGAAAGGCAGAGGAAAAGAUCAGGAGAGCCAAAAACAGGAGAGAGGAGAGCUUGCAGCGGGGAGAGCAGGCGGUGCUCCGAUACAAAGAGUUGACUCUGGCUGUAAACAAAAAGCUGAACUGCUGCACUGAAAUUUUGCUGGAGAGUUUGGACCAGCUGACAACUGUUGGCUCCAACAAGGAUGGUCUCUUGUACGGAGUUCCAGUUAGCAUCAAAGAAAAUAUUGCAUUUAAGAAUCAUGACUGUUCUUGUGGUGUGGUCAUUAACCUGGACCAGCCCGCUGAAAAGGACAGUGUGCUUGUUCAAGUCCUGAAGAAACAAGGAGCUAUUCCCUUUGUGAGAACCAACUUGCCUCAAGCUCUUUUAAACUAUGACUGCAGUAAUCCUAUCUACGGGCAGACUGUGAACCCUCAUAACCCCCAGAAGACCUCUGGAGGUUCAUCUGGUGGGGAGGGGGCUCUCAUCGGGGGAGGGGGCUCCCUGCUUGGUAUAGGCACUGAUAUAGGUGGCAGUAUCCGUAUUCCUGCAUCCUUCUGUGGAAUCUGUGGUUUCAAACCAACGGCAGGUCGGCUCAGUUUACAGGGAGUUCGUCCAAUUUAUCGAGGGCAAAAGACAGUGUCGUCAUCUCCUGGACCCAUGGCAAGAGAUGUGGACAGCCUGGCUCUGUGCAUGCAGGCACUUCUUUGUGACCACAUGUUUUCUUUGGACCCCACUGUUCCACCAUUACCUUUUAACAUGGAGAUAUACAGAAGCUCCAGACCUCUAAGGAUCGGUUAUUUGGAAAGCGAUGGCUACACGCAUCCAUCUCCAAGCAUGGCCCGAGGCGUCAGAGAGGUCAAAGCUCUGCUAGAGCAGGCGGGACACACAUUUGUCCCUUACUGUCCACUGAAGAUGGAUGAAAUUGUCCCUGAGCUGUGGCUUAGGGGCUUAUUGGCAGAUGGAACUACCACCCUGCUACAAAAACUGGAGGGGGGACCUGUGGACCCUUGUCUGGAGCCACAAAUUUUUGUAUACAGGCUUCCUAAGUGGUUGAAGAAAAUAAUUUCAUUCCUCCUCAAACCUGUGUCUCCUCACACUUCUGCCAGAAUGAGUGCUCUUUGUGGAGUUGGAUCUGUUCCUGAGCUGUGGAAGCAACAUGCUGCUGUUGAGGACUACAUUCAAGAGACAAUAGCACAUUGGAGGAGCUGCAACAUUGACGUGCUGCUGUGUCCUGUGAUUGGACCAGCCUACAACUUCUUAUACUGUGGCAAAACCUCAGUCAAUACCAAUUACACAUUUGUCUACAAUCUCCUAAACUUUCCUGCCGGUGUAGUCACUGUUUCUACAGUGACUGCAGAGGAUGAGGAAGAAUUCGAGCACUAUCCCGACAAAUUUGACAAGGUUUUAAAAGAGGCAGUGACCGGUGGCGAGGGUCUACCUGUGGCGGUUCAGUGUGUUGCUCUGCCGUGGCAGGAUGAGCUCUGCCUGCGCCUCAUGAAGGAAGUGGAACAACUGGUCAAAGAAAGCAAGAAGUAAAGCUGCUUUCUUUGUCAGUCUCACAGGAGAGGCUGCAGACUUCAGAGGAGACAUGUUAACUUGAGUAUUUCCUGUAAUAAUGAGCUAAUCGAGUCAUAAAUGGUGGAUGAAUCUUAGUAGUACAAGUACAGUCUAUUCAUUUUGUGUUUAUUUUGGUCUUUGAUUGUUUCCUAAAGGCUUUAGGAACUCUAACUCUUUCAUUUUUCAUCUUUCUUUCAUACAUUCAUUUAAUAAACCAUGUGUUUUUUUUGUCUUGCUAUCCCCAUCUAUGCUUUAUAUUUCUUUAUAUCCAUAACAGCAAACAUGCUAGAUCUUGUUGAGAAAAUAAAAUGUGAAAUCAUUAGGCAAGUCUGCUUUAUUUGUAUAGACCAAAAUAACCUCACAGACAAUAAAAAGACCAAAAAGCAUACUAAACAAUA